AUGAAAGGAGUAUGUAUAGUAAUACCUAAAGCACUAAGAGGUGAAGCCUUACGUGCAUUACACCUUGGUCAUCAAGGGUUUACAAAAUGCUAUGAACAAGCAAAAUACAGCAUAUGGUGUCCUGGCAUUACUCAUGAUCUUCGACAAAUUAUUGAACAAUGUCGUACAUGUGCAGAGCAUAGAUCUACACGCCCAGAACCACUUUUACCGGCAAAAUUUCCAGAUCGUCCGUGGGAAAUUAUUGCCAUGGAUUUAUUUAAGUUUGAAAAUUCUUGGUAUCUUUUAAAUGCUGAUUACUAUUCCAGAUACCCGGAACUCUACAAAUUGCAGUCAAUGCAAAGCAGUGAAAUAAUCAAAUGCCUACAAGAUAGUUUUGCAAGGCACGGAAUCCCAGAAAUAAUACGCAGCGAUAAUAGGCCGCAAUUCAAUCCAAUAAAAACACGUCAAUUUAUGGAAUUCAAGGAGAAAAUGAAUUUCCGUCACAUCACAUCUUCACCACAUUAUCCACAAUCAAACGGAUUUAUAGAGUCAAUGGUGAAAGUAAUGAAAAAAGGUCUAUCAAAAAGUCAAAAUGCAAAUAUCUUCUUAAUGGAGUACCGUGCUACGCCGUUAGAAUGCGGAUUUUCUCCAAGCGAAUUACUGAUGGGACGCCGCAUUAAAACAUUACUUCCAGUAUAUUCAGAGGUACUUUUACCGAAAUUAAUUGAACGCAAGAUUAUAAUGCAAAAAGAGUACAACCAUAUACAACGCCAGAAAAGAAAUUUCGACUCCAAACACUACACUACAGAGAACGCCCCUUUAGCUGUUGGGGAUGAGCUUCCACCUACAGCAAUCAAUAUUAUGGAAGAUGCAAAGCCAACAGGGCAAAUUCAAAACGAAAAGGACGAAAUAGAAGAAUUGAAUAAUAAGAAGAAUGAUACAACAGAAGAGGACACAAAUACUCAACAGGGUGAAGACCAGUUACCGUCCAGAAAUGAACUUCAGCCAAAGGAAACACCGGACCAAAUUAUUACAAAACGGAAUCGGAAGCAAACCACAUUCUAUCAAUCCGAAGACUUUCGUACAAAAACAAAACCUAAAAAAGGGGGAUGUGGAAGUACCGGUAACUUAGAGAGAUACGAAAGUAGACAGAGGGCGUUGUGA